AAGGGACAAGAUAUUACAUCCUUAAACCAUAAAGAACUCAUGGUAAUAGAAGAAGCCCUAGAAAAUGGCCUCAUCAGCAUCCGUGAUCGACAGAUGGAGCAUGUCAAGAUGCUUAGGAAAAAUGAGAAAAUGCUGGAGGAGGAGAACAAUCAGCUUCAAUAUGAGCUGCAACAAAGGAUGGCAGCAGUGGAUGGCAAUGUGAGAGAGAUUAAUGAUUUGUACAUUCCAAUGCCUUUUGCCGUUCGUGUGCAGCCUAUUCAACCUGAUCUCCAUGAAAGAAUUUAGGAAAUUAAUUCAUAAUAAUAAUAAUAAAAUCCUUGUAGUAACAAGAUUGUUACUUUCUGCUACCUCUUUUUAUAGAUGGUAUGAAUUAUCAUAGUAUUGCUGGUUGUUCGAUAUAAUAAUUGAUUUGUUUGACUU